AUGGCUGUCAGUGAAGCAAUUGAACUAAAAGAAAAAGGAAAUGAAUAUUACAAGAAUAGCCAAUAUGAUGAGGCUGUUGGUGCUUACACACAGGCAUUGAAUGUCACGGAUAUCCCACAGGAGGAGAAGGUGGCCUGCCUCAAGAAUCGUGCUGCCUGUCGUCUAAAGCAGAAAGAAUAUCUUUUUGCUGUAGCUGAUGCUUCUGAAGCCUUGACUUUGUCUCCUCAGGAUACCAAGGCCUUAUUUCGACGUUGCCAAGGUUAUGAGGGUAUAAAUGAAAUUGAAAAGGCUUACAAUGAUGCCACCAUUCUCCUCAAGAUGGAUCCAAAGAACACUGCUGUUCAGAAAAUGAUGCAAAGAAUUUCACCACUCAUGCAACAGACUAUCCAAAAUCGAACCAGCACGGAUGGUAAAGUUAAACAAAUGUUCACCUUGGCUUUUGAAGACAACCCAGACAUUACAAGAGACAAGAAAUUAACAGCCACCAAUAACAUUAUGGUACUGGCUCGAGAAGAUGCUGGUGCUGAGAAAAUUGUUCGAGAAAAUGGAAUUUACUUUUUAAACAAAAUGAGUCAAAUGAAAGAUGAUACUGAGCUGCAACAAUCGGCCAUCCGUGCAUUGAGUAAUUUAGCUGAGAACAGUCGCAAACGAACUGAAUCUAUCUUGAGAGAUGUGGGUAUCCAUCAGAUUUGUGAUAUGAUAGGGUCACCUGAAGAAAAAAUCUGUGUGGCAACUUCCAGUCUUCUGUGUAACAUCAUCAAUUCUAUGACAGAUGUAGAAGCAUACAAAGCAAAAAUCAAGGAACAGGCAGAAUUGAAAAAGAAAAGAGAACAUACCAAGCCCAUCCACUUUGAAAUGGAUGAAAAUAGUAAAAAUUUCAUUGACCAGCUUUUCAGCAUUCUAACAAAAAUGUUACCAAGUUGGAAAGUGUCAGCUCCAGGCCGUGACAACAUCAUGGAAAUUUUUAUAAAGUAUCUUACACGAAGUAAUGGUAUUGGGUGGUCAAAACGCUUCAUGGAAAUAGAAGGUUUGAAUUACCUCCUGAAUAUUGCUGGUUCUCAUCGCCAAUUGGAAUCUGUGUUCAAAGUGACUGAAAAUUCUCGUAUGCAUGCAGCACUGCUUAUGUCCAAGAUUUAUGAUGAUAUGAUUGGUGAUAAAGAAAGGGAGAUUUUUAAAGAACACUCCCAUGAUUACUUUAAAGAACAAUUUGGUGAAAGAGAUCUGAAUGCCACAGUUGAAGCUGUUCGAGCCAUUACAACUCUAUUACAGGGUCCAUUUGAAGUUGGAUCUAUGAUUCUCGGUAUGGAAGGAGUAAUUGGUGUCCUGUUGUCAAUGGCAAAGAGUGAUAAUAAAUUACAUCAGAUGACAGCAGUAGAAGCACUUGUAAGUUCUGCCUCAAACAAGGACAAAUGUACAGGAAUUCUCAAAGACGCUGUUCCUGUGCUAGAUUCCUUGUAUGAGUCUUCUGAUCCACAUGUUCGAGUGAGAGCUCUUGUGGGUCUUUGCAAGAUGGCUUCAUUUAAAGGAACAGAUUACAGUAUCAAAACUCUUGAAGAUGGGGAAAAUAUUCUUCUUGCUGAAGAUUGUCUGAAAUAUCUCACAAAUCCUGACAAAGAUAAAGAUCUUUGGAAGUGGGCUACUGAAGGUCUUGCUUAUUUAACACUGGAUGCAGAUAUCAAAGAAUUAAUCAUGGUAAACACUGAAGCCAUAAAGUCAUUAGUUGAAGUGGCCAAGUACCCAAGUGAUAAAAUUACGACAUAUGCUGCUAUUACAGUCUUUGUGAAUCUUACAAACUCUUAUGACAAACAAGAUGUGCCAGAUGAAAUUAAAGAAUUAGCUAAAUUUUCAAAACAACAUGUUCCAGAGGAUCAUCCAAAGGAUAAAUAUGAUUUUGUCAAGGCUCGUACAAAAAAAUUAGCUGAGGAAGGCAUGGUAACAGCAUUGGUGGAACUCUCUAGGACAGAGAGUGAAAACAGUCGGGAACAAAUUUCCAGAAUAUUUAUUGCCUUGGCCACAGAAGAAGAAUUGCGGGGAUUGAUUGUACAAGGAGGUGGUGCUAAAGCUUUGUGUUCAUUGUUUUUAGAAAACUCUGAUGUAGGAAAAACAUGUGCUGCUCACAGUUUAGCUAAAAUUGCUGUGACUAUGAAUCCUGAUAUUGCUUUUCCUGGCCAAAGAAUGUAUGAGAUUGUACGUCCGCUCAUCCACCUGCUCCACAUUGAGAAAACUGGACUCCAGAAUUUUGAAGCUUUAAUGGGUCUGACCAAUCUUGCUUCAGUUAGUGAUUCAGUCCGUAAACGAAUCAUAUCCGAAAAUGGUUUUAAUGAUAUUGAGCAUUAUAUGUUUGAAGACCAUGAAAUGAUUCGACGUGCUGCUACUGAAUGCAUGUGUAACCUGGCCAUGUGUGAAGAUGCCAAAAAGCUCUUUGAGAAAGAGAAUGACAGGGUGAAGAUGUUGCUGCUCUUUUGUGCAGAUGAAGACAAGCCAACUGCCAAAGCAGCUGCUGGAGCUCUGGCCAUUUUGUCCAACAGUUUAAAAGUUUGCCAGAAAAUCAUUGCAGUAAAUGAUUGGGUGGACCUUCUUCUUAGUCUGGCAGUAAAUGAAUGUCUGGAAAUGCAGCAUCGUGGUAUCUUUAUUGUAAUGAAUAUGGUUGCUGUCGAUAAAGAUAUUGCUGCCAAGAUAGUUGAGGGACAACUGCUUGAGGUCUUGAUAGCUCUUUCCAGGUUUGAUGAAUCAGAAAAGAAGACUAUUAAGGAAUGUGCUGAAUCUGCCCUCCAGAAACUCACAGAAUAUGAACUAAUCAAACCAACUUAA